AUGAAUCCUAUUUUCAAGGACAAUGAAAAGGGCGUCAAGACAAACAUGGAGGUGGACUAUGUCAUUGUCUUCCGCUUCACGACUACCACCAAAGCUGAAGCAGGAAAGAAGUUUGCUCUCCUUGUAGAAAGACUUGCAAAGAUCGGAUUGGCUACUGAAGUCCGCAAUGGAGACAAUCACUCGCUCUUGAUCUUCGUCAAGGUCGCCAGCGAAGACCACGUCAAUGCAGAAGUUUACCGCUCUAGAGUCAAGGACUGGAUCCACGGCGUCAGAUCGGCAGCACCACAAAAGGAGACUCGCCAAGCUCUCGAAGAGGAGCCCCUUCACGAAGCCGAGCGCUAUCGCAUUAUUUAUCGCAUGAUCACAAACUCCGAAGAAGAGGGCGGUGCUGGCAUCACCCCCAAAGAUGGGGAGUGGAAGAAUGUAGAGUCCAUCUUUGCCCUGCAUGACCAUGCCUACAACAAAGAGUGGAUCAAGAGAUGGACCAAGAAAUACCUCCUGGAGCCCGAAGACCUCGAUGAGAUCAGAAACAGACUGGGAGAGAAGAUUGCCUUCUACUUCGCUUUCACCCAAUCUUACUUCACCUUCCUCGUCUUCCCUGCUGCCUUCGGAGCCACCGCCUGGCUUCUCCUGGGCAAGUUCUCACCUAUCUACGCUAUCGUCAGCACCUUGUGGUGCAUCAUCUUUGUCGAGUACUGGAAGCACCAGGAGGUCGAUCUCGGUGUAAGAUGGGGUGUCCGUGGUGUAUCCAACAUUCAGACCAAGCGUAGACACUUUGAGCACGAGCAGGAGGGCACAGAUCCCGUCACUGGUGAGAAGAUGCAGAUCUUCCCCGUCACCAAGCGUCUGCAACGCCAGCUUCUUCAAAUUCCUUUCGCCAUUGCUGCAGCCACUGUUCUUGGAAGCUUGAUCGCUACUUGUUUCGGCAUUGAAAUCUUCCUCUCUGAGGUUUACAGCGGACCUCUCAAGUCUUUGCUCGUCUUCCUUCCUACCAUCAUCCUGACCACCGUUAUGCCCGUCUUGAACGGCAUUCUCACCACUUUUGCUGAACGUUUGACCAAGUAUGAGAACUACGAGACUGACGAUGCCUACGACUAUGCCAUGACUCAGAAGAUCUUCGUCCUGAACUUCAUCACCUCAUACCUGCCUGUCUUCUUGACUGCUUUCGUCUACGUUCCAUUCGGCAGCGUCGUGGUACCUUUCCUCGAUGUCUUCAGCUUGACUGCUAGACCGUUCGCCGAGAACGAGAAGCAGCUGCAGACACCUACUCCCGGCUCAUUCGUCAUCAACCCUGACCGCCUACGCAAGCAGAUCAUCUACUUCACCGUCACUGCUCAGAUCGUCAACCUCGGUAUGGAGGUUAUCGUACCUUACCUCAAACGUCAAGGCUUCACCAAGUACAAGGAGAUGCAAAGUGAGCGUGCCGCAAAGAAUGGCCGCCCUACUACCACUCCUGCCGAGAGCGACAACCCCGAUGAGGCUGCCUUCCUGGCCCGCGUUCGUCGUGAAGCCGAACUUGAUGUCUACAAUGUCACCUCUGACCUUCGCGAGAUGGUUGUCCAAUUUGGCUACCUGGCACUCUUCAGCACCGUCUGGCCUUUGACCGCUGUCUCUUUCCUCGCCAACAACUGGCUCGAGCUCCGUGCCGACGCCGUGAAGAUCUGUAUCGAGAUGCAACGUCCAACCCCUGAACGCGCCGACACCAUUGGUCCCUGGUUGGAUUCUCUGUCCUUCCUGUCUUGGCUCGGCAGCAUCACCACCGCCGCUCUUGUCUACCUGUUCAGCAAUGAUGGCCUAGGUCCCGACGGCACACCCAAGGACAUCCGCGGCUGGGCUCUCCUCCUCACCAUCUUCUUUGCCGAACACAGCUACCUCCUCAUUCGCUGGGCCGUCCACGUCGGUAUCUCCAAGAUCGACUCUCCAGGCCGUCAAAAGGAACGUCGUGACCGAUACAUGGUUCGCCAACGCUACUUUUCCGAAUCCCUGGCCCAGAACUUGCCUCCCGUCGGCAAGUUUGGCGAAAAGAUUACUAGAGAGAGUCUUGAGGAGGAGGCUAGACAGAGCAGUCUUAAGAGCUCGAGGAUUGAGGAUCGUUUCUGGGCUAGACAGAGGAAUUGGCAUGAGACUGCACAGGUCGGUGCGGGAUUGAUUGACAGAGCUGCGCCGCCGCCCGAGGUUAAGAAGAUGCAGUAG